AUGACCAUUGAGCUGUAUACCGUGAAUUUCGAGAGAAGGGUUUGGGAAAAGGUGGACGCUUUGCCUGAAAGUUGUGCCAUCUUCAUCGGCGCCAGUGGAGGUACGAUCUUGUGGUAUGAAAUCCCGGGAGAAGAUCUGGAUGCAGGGCUUGUUCGGGGGAAUACCAUUUACUUUGCACAGAAGAAUGACAGGUACCUUUAUUCGUAUGACGUUCAAGAGAGGAGCAUGAAUGUUUCGUUACCUUGCCCCGACGUGAAUUCGGGUCAUCCUGAACAACAAUGGAUCCUAACUCAUGGAUGGCUUUCUUCACCAACUGAAUUUACCCGGCCAGAAGUCGUAGCUUCUGAAGUUGAGGCUGCUCCUGUUAGCCAGGGGAUUACAUUGAUCGACAGUAAUAAUGUUGGAGAUGGAUGGUUUGGAGUUCCAAUUGACAAUCUACUUGGAGCUGAUUGUCGUUGCUUCCAUCUCGACUGCGAAAAAUGUCAAUUUCAUGAUCAAUUGUCGAAUCAUCGACUCCCCUACCUCGUACACAUAGGACAGGAUGGUGAACUGGUCAAUUUCUACAACCCACUAACCAAUGCCACCAGCAUCUCGCCUCUGAAAGGUAUGAAUUUGACAGGCGCGGUGAUUCGUUGCUCCAAACAUGGUUGGCUGCUCAUGUCACAGGGAAGUUGGGGUGAACAAGUGUUCUUCUUCAACCCUUUCACCGACGAGCGGAUCGAUCUACCCGAAUUGGACAGCUACGAGUUCGAGGGGAUCGCUUUCUCUUCUCCUCCAACAUCGUCGGAUUGCGUGGUUCUUGGCUACUCAGUCGGGAAACAAGAUUUGAACCUUGCAUACGUAUGCAGAGGAGAGAGCAGAUGGACAGAGUCUGUUGUGGAAAGAAAUGGAACUCAAUUCAUGAGAUCUUACGCUAACCCAGUUUAUCACCAGGGUUUGUUCUAUCUUAUAGGAGGGACCAGAAGCUUAUGCACAUUCGAUCCUGUGGAAAGGGACGCCAAACUUCUGGAGUUGGCUGGUAAUGAUAAAUCUACUGUUUCAAUACAAGGGAGCUAUCUGUUGGAAUGCAAUGGCAAGCUUCUGUCGGUGUACACGGAUCGCGUGGGGGAAUUCCUACGAAUUUACGAGCUGAAUCGAGAAGCCGCAACUUGGGAAGGACUGGAUGAUACUAUGUUGUUCUUGAGCUCUGCAUCUUCGUUAUCUACUACAAGUGCAGGGGCGAGGAUUUCUGGCUUGGGAAACAAGGUGUUCUUGGAUAGGUUUCGCGAGAAGGAUAGCGUGUUUUACUCUCUCGCAACGAGAAAGUUUCAUAGCCUUUGGAGCCGAUACGAGAACAACGAUUGGUGCGACACCAAAGAAUAUAUGAAUUGCGCUUGGAUGGAACCGAACUUUGGAACGCACACGGAGGAGGAGCUUGUCUGGUUUAAUCCCGUGGAAGAAGAAGAAGAAGAAGAAGAAGAAGAAAAAGAAGAAGAAGAAAAAGAGGAGGAGCAGGAGCUUGCCUCCUUUCAUCCGGCCAUCGUGGAGGAAUGA